GGAGCGGAUUUGAGAGGGCAGGCAAGUCAUGUGGGGAUCAGAAUCCGAAAUUUACCAUAAUCCUCGAGAGGAAAAAGGGGGGAGAGAGAGUAAGUCCUAGUUACCUCUACAGAACGUAGACUGGAGAGGUAGACACAAGAGCUGUGGUGUGUUAGUUAUACAACAAGUUCCACACAGUCAUAGCGAACUCUAAACACCCUUCUGGCUUUUGAAUUAUGGCCCAGGCCAAAAGUGAUACGAGUAUCAACAUGGAGAUUUCUAAUGGAGCUGUUAUCCACUGUCCUGCAGGAUCAUGCAUGGAGAUGGAAGAUCGGCGGACUGGGGAGGAAGAGGAGGAGGAAGAUGAGGUUGAACUAGCUGAAGAGGUGGAUGAGUAUAUGGACGAUGGUGGAGAAGACAAUGUAAUGCCCUCAACAGAUGUGAUCAUCCAUAAAACAGAGCAAGAGGAUAUUAUGGAAGACCUGGAGGACCAAGAGAGAGCGAUUCUGCAAAACAAAUCUACAAAAGAGAUAAAGGAUGGAGAGACAGAAGAUGAAGUGAACAUAACUGCCAAACUAACAAGGUCUAAGCUACUAGCUGAACUCUCAAUUGCAGCGCAAACACAAGUUUUGAAACUUCAAAAUGAAGCUGAAGUGCGUGCAGGAGCGUUCAAAGAAGUGGACGAGAAUCAAGCAGAUCACAAGUUGGAAACACUGUACGAAGAUGAAAAGGAAAGCGAUGAACAACAAGUGCAGACUUUGAGUGUAAGUAACACGGAGACACAAGAGCUGCUCCUCUUUGAGGUAAGAGAGGUCACUUGUUGCCUUCAAGAGAAAAUAGAAAUCGAGUACAGAGAUGAUCAAAUGCAGCAAGUAAAAAAUGAAAUGGUUUUGCAAAAAGAGGAGCAUGAAGAGGUAAAGGCAGAAGGUUGUCAUGAUGAGGGUGUAAAAAACGUUGUGGAUGAAGAGCCACAAAUGAUUUCUACCAGUGAAGAAGAAAACAUUCAGAGUCUUGGGGAAGAGGAAGAACCAGCAACAUCUGAUAACAUUGGCAAAGAAAAGCCUAUGACUGAGGUGCCUUUAUUUGAGGACUGCAAAGCAAUUGGAGAUCCAAUGCACAAUGAUGCCUUAGCCACAAAUAAUGAUGAAGAGACGUCCACCAUUAACAAAGCAGCAGAUGAAAAGGCAAUUGACUGGAUUGCAACAGAACAACCUUCUCAAACUGAUCUGUUUGGUGGAACGAUAGAGGAGAUGGUCCAUAAUUCAGAUCAGUUGGUGGACAGCAUCGUGCCAGAAUGUGAAAGAUUAGAGUGGAUGCAACAGGUGGUGGGUGACACAGAUCUAGAGUGCUGUGAGAGAAUUGUGGCGGAUACCCAAUCAGCCAUUGUCAAUGGACCCGAGGAGACAAGAGGAGAUAAAGAAGCUGAUAAAGAGGAAGAGAGCAUUGAAAGGAUUCAAAGAGGCGUGGAGAUUACCAAGGAGCCAAAGCAGGUCAAGAAGGAGGAGCUUUCAGCAGAGGAGGGAAGCUGUACAGAGGUAGAAGAGCCACCUGAUGCACCUGAGAUUGUAGAAGAGGAGGCGUGCAAGAAGCAGGAACACCUCGGCAAUGGCAAAUGGGAGGUCGCAGAAGGAGGUGACACUGAAAAGGAACAGCCAAGACAAGUCAAUGAAGAAGUGCCAAUACCUAUCAAAGGGGGGGCGUGUAAGGAGCAGGAACAGCUCAGCAAUGACAAAUGGGAGGUCGCAGAGGGAGGUGAUGCUUCAAAGGAACAGCCAAGACUAGUCAAUGAAGAAGUGCCAAUACCUGUAGAAGGGGGGGCAUGUAAGAAACAGGAACAGCUCGGCAAUGGCAAACGGGAGGUCGCAGAGGGAGGUGACACGGCAAAGGAACAGCCAAGACUAGUCAAUGAAGAAGUGCCGAUACCUGUAGAAGGGGGGGCACGUAAGAAGCAGGAACAGCUCGGCAAUGACAAACAGGAGGUCUCAGAGGGAGGCGAUGCUUCAAAGGAACAGCCAAGACUAAUCAAUGAAGAAGUGCCGAUACCUGUAGAAGGGGGGGCAUGUAAGAAACAGGAACAGCUCGGCAAUGGCAAACAGGAGGUUGCAGAGGGAGGUGACGCGGCAAAGGAACAGCCAAGACAAGUCAAUGAAGAAGGGCCAAUACCUGUAGAAGGGGGGGCAUGUAAGAAACAGGAACAGCUCGGCAAUGGCAAACGGGAGGUCGCAGAGGGAGGUGACACGGCAAAGGAACAGCCAAGACUAGUCAAUGAAGAAGUGCCGAUACCUGUAGAAGGGGGGGCACGUAAGAAGCAGGAACAGCUCGGCAAUGACAAACAGGAGGUCUCAGAGGGAGGCGAUGCUUCAAAGGAACAGCCAAGACUAAUCAAUGAAGAAGUGCCGAUACCUGUAGAAGGGGGGGCAUGUAAGAAGCAGGAACAGCUCGGCAAUGGGAAACGGGAGGUCGCAGAGGGAGGUGACGCGGCAAAGGAACAGCCAAGACAAGUCAAUGAAGAAGGGCCAAUACCUAUAGAAGAGGGGGAAUGUAAGAAGGACGAACAGCUUGGCAAUGACAAACUGGAGGUCACAGAGAGAAGUGAUGCUGCAAAGGAACAGCCAAGACAAGUCAAGGAAGAAGUCCCUACAAAAAUAGAAGCGGGGGCGGAGAAGUGGCUAGAAGAGCUCAAGGCUGUCAUUGAAGAUGAGCCAAGGAGGAAAGCCCAGGGGGGGCGUAAAGUGACCAUACCUUCCUGGUUGAAGACCAGCGAGAGCUCAGAUGCCCCUUUCCAAGAGCCACCGAAGAUACUCGGCAGUCAGAUCAGAACCAUGAGUGGGGGCAGUGAAGGGGAACUGAAUAUCAAAACCAAAGGACAGGAGGUCACCAUGGCGAAUGGGUUCCCUGAGAUACCAUCUUCUGUAGUUCAACAGGAAGACAUAAAACCCCUUGUAAUGCCGAGGAGGAUGGCAACUCCAACUCAACGGGAGGGCGAUCCUCAUGACCAGCAGAUCUCCCUAUAUGUGAAGGCCGGCAGUGAUGGAGAGAGUAUCGGGAACUGUCCCUUCUCUCAGAGACUCUUCAUGAUCCUCUGGCUGAAAGGAGUCAUCUUCAACGUCACCACUGUGGACCUCAAGAGGAAGCCAGCAGAUUUACAGGAUCUCGCUCCAGGAACAAACCCGCCAUUCAUGACCUUCAACGGAGAGGUUCUGGUGGACGUCAACAAGAUCGAGGAGUUUCUCGAGGAACGAUUGGUCCCACCACGAUAUCCAAAGUUGGCAGCAAAGCAUCCAGAAUCCAACACAGCAGGAAUAGAUGUAUUUGCCAAGUUUUCUGCCUACAUCAAGAACCCUCGUAAAGAAGCUAAUGAGGGUCUGGAGAAAGCUCUUCUGAAGUCCCUGAAGAGGUUGGAUGAGUAUUUGCAGACGCCGCUGCCCGAGGAAAUUGAUGCCAACAGCCUAGAUGAUCCCGAUGCGUCUACACGAGGCUUUCUGGAUGGACCAGACCUCACGCUGGCCGACUGUAACCUGCUUCCCAAACUACAUAUCAUGAAGAUUGUUGCUAGGAAAUACAGAGGUUUUGAGAUUCCUGCUGAGAUGACUGGAAUUUUACGAUAUUUGAAUAACGCCUACCAGAGAGAAGAAUUCAUGAACACCUGCCCUGCUGACCGGGAGAUUGAGUUCGCUUACCUGGACGUCGCCAAAAAGAUCAAAUAGUUCAGUAUGACGAGACAAGUAGUGGUAACUCGUAGUCAGCAUCACAUGCUUGUGUGUGUAACUGUGUGUGUGUGUGUGUGUGUGUGUGUGUGUGUGUGUGUGUGUGUGUGUGUGUGUGUGUGUGUGUGCGCUCACUGGUGGAGCUGCAUUAAUACUAUGGUGUAUUGAUCCUAAAUCGAUAGAUUGGCAUCCGUUUUCCUUCAAUCAAUGGCAGGACCAGGAAAAUAGUAUAGUUCCUAUGAACAGUUCUCUUAACAGCUUCAUAUGUAUCUUAUUUGUCUUCAUGGAUGAUAUAGAUAGACUAGCUAUGGUAUAAUAUUAAUAAUGUUCACCAUGGCCUUGACCAAAAUUGAUCUCAUAAUCACUUGGAUCUCUAUUUUUUGCAUAUUUGUUUUGUUUGUAUCUGAAUUUUUACUUAUGAUUCCUCUGGUCAGGCCAGAAUAUAUACACAUACAUUUUCUAUUUACAUUUUCUAUUUAAUAAAUAAUAAUAAUAAUAAUAUGGAGAAUCAGGUUCAUUAUUUACAAUAUCACCUUAUAGUUUAAUGAAACUCUUCUUUUAUAUCAUCACACGGGGCUUUUUUUCCACAGGUUGAUGGAUUUUUUUAAAAUUUAUUUCCAUUUCUAGGUAAUUCUUUUUUCUUUCCACACUUAGUGCGAAACUGCUUCAUUUAUAUGUGAUUUUUUUUUAUUUUUUUUUAUCAAUGCACAGAAUUUGUUAAAACAUAUAAUUCAUGCAACUGUGUAACCUUGCAUGAACGCCUUAUAUGAAGCUCUGACGAGGAGACUUUAAUUAAACUAAUCAGAAUUCA